UCCCCCUCCCUUCUCUUCACCCCGCUGCUGCCUGGCAGGAGGGAGCCGAGCCAGCCCAGGGAGGAGGCAGCGCAGCGCAGCCGAGCGGAGCCCGGAGGGCAGCCCAGCUCUGCCAGGCUCGGCCGGGCCCAGCCCCGGGGCACCCUCCCCUCUGGUUGGCAGGCAACGGAGCCCCUUCGUGGCAGCAAUGACGGAGCCACCUCGGGGGGCUGUGCAGGAUGCGCCGGGUCCCUGAUGAAGGGCCCGGCCGCCUCUGGACGCCCCCACCAUGGCCUAGCCUCCAGCCCGGUGUCCUUCGCUCACCAGCUCCAGCGCCAUGGGAGGCUGCUUCUCCAAACCCAAGCCAGUGGAGCUCAAAAUUGAAGUGGUGCUCCCCGAGAAGGAUCGAGCCAAAGAGGAUGCAGCUCCCAACGGCCAGGCCAGCCCCCUGGCCUACAAAGCCAAUGGCCGGGCCCGGCACUACCACCCUGAGGAGCGGCCCUCCACGCUGCACCCCUACCCCAGCCCACACGACCGAGUGGAGGCUGCCGUGUGCCACGCCAAGGACUUGGAGAACGGCCAGAUGCGGGAGGUGGAGCUGGGCUGGGGCAAGGCCCUCUUGGUGAAGGACAACGGGGAAUUCCAUGCCUUGGGUCACAAAUGUCCACACUAUGGAGCCCCCCUGGUGAAAGGGGUUCUCUCCAGGGGCAGGGUCCGAUGCCCCUGGCACGGUGCCUGCUUCAAUAUCGCCACUGGAGACAUUGAAGACUUCCCGGGCCUGGACAGCCUGCCCAAAUUCCAGGUGAAGAUUGAGAAAGAGAAGGUGUAUAUUCGAGCCAGCAAACAGGCCCUGCAGAUGCAGAAGAGGACAAAGGUGAUGGCCAAGUGCAUCUCCCUCAACAACUACCAUGUAGGAAGCACCAACAUCCUGAUCGUGGGAGCGGGGGCGGCCGGCUUGGUGUGUGCAGAGACUCUGAGGCAGGAGGGCUUCUCCGACAGAAUCGUGAUGUGCACAAUGGACAGACACCUUCCCUAUGACAGACCCAAGCUCAGCAAGUCCCUGGACUCCCAGCCGGAGCAGAUUGCACUCAGGCCCAAGGAGUUCUUCCUGACAUAUGACAUCGAAGUCCUGACUGAGACCCAGGUUGUCACGGUGGAUGUGAAGAACAAGAAAGCGAUAUUCAAGGAUGGCUUUAAGAUGGAGUACAAUAAGUUGCUCUUGGCCCCAGGAAGCACUCCCAAGACCCUCAGCUGCAAAGGAAAAGAAGUGGAGAACGUCUUCACUAUUCGGACCCCGGAAGAUGCCAAUAGGAUCGGGAAGCUGGCCCGUGGGAGGAAUGCAGUUGUCGUUGGGGCCGCCUUCUUGGGCAUGGAGGUGGCUGCCUAUCUGACUGACAAGGCACACUCUGUGUCAGUUGUGGAGUUAGAAGAGACGCCCUUCCGGAAGUUCCUUGGGGAGAAAGUUGGCCGAGCUCUCAUGAAGAUGUUUGAGAACAAUGGAAUCAAGUUUUACAUGCAGACAGAAGUCUCAGAGCUUCGGGCUCAAGAAGGGAAGCUGAAGGAGGUGAUACUGAAGAGUGGAAAAGUUGUCCGGGCUGACGUCUGUGUGGUGGGCAUUGGUGCCGUGCCAGCCACAGGCUUCCUUAAACAGAGCGGGAUCAACAUGGAUGCCCGGGGCUUCAUUCCUGUUAACAAGAUGAUGCAGACAAACAUCCCUGGCGUCUUCGCGGCUGGCGAUGCCGUCACAUUCCCGCUGGCUUUGAGGAGCAACAAGAAAGUGAACAUCCCACACUGGCAGAUGGCCCACAUCCACGGGCGUGUAGCGGCUCAGAACAUGCUGGCCCAGGAAGCCGAGAUCAGCACCGUGCCCUGCCUCUGGACGGCCAUGUUUGGGAAAAGUAUCCGCUACACAGGGUAUGGGGAAGGGUUUGAUGAUGUCAUCAUCCAGGGAGACCUGGACGAGCUGAAGUUUGUGGCCUUUUAUACCAAGAAUGAUGAGGUGAUCGCAGUAGCCAGCAUGAACUACGACCCGAUUGUCUCCAAAGUGGCCGAAGUCUUGGCCUCGGGGAGAGCCAUCCGCAAGCGGGAUGUGGAGCUCUUUGUUCGUCUUGGCAAGACUGGAGACAUGUCAUGGCUGACGGGCAAAGGCUACUGAACAGCAGGCCAGCCGAGCAUCCUGGCAGCUGCAGCACAUCUGGCCGGACGUGGACAGCCGCUCCCUCGGACUCUUGCCAAACCCGCCACCUUCCCGAUCUCUCCCUCCCUCGGAGCCGAAUCUGGCCGUCCAUCCCCUGCUGAGACGCUGAUAGCUGCCCAGGCGGGUCUCGGCACCACCUGAUGGGGAGCUGGGGGUCUUGGAGGCGGUACAGAAAGAGCUUGGAGCCUCCUCCCUACUCCUGUGUCUCCUCUGGGGGCCAUGCCUGUCUCUUGCUGGCCCCAGCCCCCCAAUAUUGUUCCCAGGGAACCCCCACCACCAUCCUCCUGAGGGAUCGUGCUGCAUCUCUGGGCCUCAGUCCCUCACCUGUAAAUGGAAGGACCUGGGUAGGCGGUCCUUGAAGUCCUUCCGGAUCUCACCCCACCAUGGACUAUUUUUCCUCCCGGGGUCGGCAGGCGGCCCCUCCCCCUCCAGGGAGCGGCUAAGUCUGGACACCAGAGCUGCCCCCUGCCCCCUUGCACAGACCAAGCAAUACUAGGCAAUAAACAAAUCUAAUUUCUGCGUU